CUGCAGUGUGUGCUGUUCCUGUGGGCUCUGAAGAUCAACCAUCCCAACACCCUCUUCCUCCUCAGAGGGAACCACGAGUGCCGACACCUCACAGAGUACUUCACCUUCAAACAGGAGUGUAAAAUCAAGUACUCUGAGCGUGUGUAUGACGCCUGCAUGGAGGCGUUCGACUGCUUGCCUCUGGCUGCGCUCCUCAACCAGCAGUUCCUGUGUGUUCAUGGAGGUCUGAGCCCUGAGGUCACCUGCUGGACGACAUCCGGGAGGCUGGACCGGUUUAAGGAGCCUCCAGCCUUCGGGCCGAUGUGUGACCUGCUGUGGUCUGAUCCAGGAGAAGACUACGGCUCAGAGAAAACCCAGGAACACUUCUGCCACAACAGCGUGAGAGGCUGCUCGUACUUCUACAGUUACCCGGCCGUAUGCGACUUCCUGAUGAACAACCUGUUGUCUGUAAUACGAGCACAUGAAGCCAGGACGCAGGGUGAGUAUCGAAUGUACAGGAAAAGUCAGACGACAGGCUUCCCGUCUCUAAUCACCAUCUUCUCUGCUCCCAACUACCUGGACGUCUACAACAACAAAGCUGCGGUGCUGAAAUAUGAGAAUAAUGUGAUGAACAUCCGGCAGUUUAACUGCUCUCCUCAUCCUUACUGGCUGCCCAACUUCAUGGACGUCUUCACCUGGUCGCUGCCCUUCGUAGGAGAGAAAGUGACGGAGAUGCUGGUGAACGUGUUGAACAUCUGCUCUGACGACGAGCUGAUGUCAGAAGGAGACGACACGUGUGAAGGCGGAACUCCGGCCGUCAGGAAGGAAGUGAUCAGGAAUAAGAUCCGAGCCAUUGGAAAGAUGGCUCGCGUCUUCUCUGUGCUCAGGGAGGAGAAUGAGUGUGUGUUGCAGCUGAAGGGUCUGACUCCGACCGGUACUCUGCCGAUGGGAGUUCUGUCUGGACGGCCGUCUCUGGAAAGCGCCACCGUAGAGGCAGAGGAGGCACGAGCCAUCCAAGGUUUCAACCCGCAGCACAAGAUCCAGAGCUUCGAGGAGGCUCGAGGUCUGGACCGCAUCAACGAGCGGAUGCCCCCCCGCCGCGACAGCAAGCAGCCCGACGCCGCCGCCCCCCCCUCCCAGAACAACCUGCCGUCCAGCACCGCCCCCCCCGACAAGAACGGCACCAACACACAGGCCUAG